UGUCAUCCUGCCAACUUUCAUACACAGCCUGUCAUUGCGCCCACUGGUCGUUCAAACUUCAAAGUUCAAUAACAAAAACACUAUCACAAAAAGACAGAAUCCUACGUGGCACGUCCUUUUUAUAUAUACACACACACAAACUCAUUACCCAUCAUCAACUCCAACGAUUCCUUUUCACCGGAUACCAAGUCGAGUCAGUCUAUCUACCAAAAUGGGUAUAUGUAGCUCGUACGAGUCGACACAAGUGGCGACGGCGAAGCUUAUCUUGCAAGACGGGAGGAUGAUGGAGUUCACGACUCCAGUCAAAGUUGGUUACGCUCUACAAAAGAAUCCAACGUGUUUCAUUUGUAACUCAGAUGAUAUGGAUUUCGACGACGUCGUAUCUGCCAUUAGCGCCAACGAGGAGCUUCAGCUUGGACAUAUUUACUUUGCUUUACCUCUCAGCUCGCUCCAUCAGUCUCUAAAAGCGGAGGAGAUGGCUUCAUUGGCUGUUAAAGCUAGCUCUGCUCUUAUGAGAAGUCAUUCUUGUGGCCGAGAUAAAUGUCGGUGUCGCCGGAAAUGUGUAUCUCCAGUUAUCUUCUCUUCCCGCAGAGCGGCGGCGGUUGGAUCCGACGGCCAGACGAGAAACGGGAAAAGACGCGGCUGUAGUGGUGGUAGUGGGAGAAGGAAGUAUGCGGCAAAGUUGAGUAUGAUAGAAGAGUGAAGGGUAGUUUGGGGAUUUAGUUAUUGUUGUAGGGUUAGUUUUGUAAAUAUGUUGUUGUUAAGGGGGAUGCAGGUUGCAUUUUAAAACGUGGGAAAUGUGAUUGUACUUGGUUUACUAUCAUAUCAUUGGAUGAUUUUUUCCCAAAUUUCAGACCAGAUAAAAAAAACAUCUGAUUUACCAAAGUUACGAUUGUAUCUUUGUCUUUUACUUCAAACAAGAUCAAGUGCGGUAAGGUUUUAAAUGCAAUGCGAUACAAAACAUUUAUCGAUUAUCAUGUUACCGAUAAGCUUGUUAUUGAUUUGAAAUAUAUUAUAUACAAUAUUAUCCAAGAGAUAAUAUAUGUCGAUGAUUUCAAAAUAAUUAUGUUCUGAGUGAUAAGAAGAUAAACAAAAGACAUUCUCAUAUUACAAUAUCAUAUGAUCAUCUAUUACUUUUCACCACCAUACAAUCACAAUCUCAUGACUUAAAUAGGGGUUUUAACACUUUGUCAAUUUUGUUCUAGAAGGGUUCAUUCUAAACAAUGUAAAGUUUAACUGCAAAGUGCAUACUAGAUAAUAAAAUCUAAAAUUAACUAUAAAAGUUAAUUUUGUUUCAGUAGUAACAUAACAAACAAACAAUGAGUGCUACCUUAUAUAUACAAGAGCAUUUCUAUUGGUUAGAUGCUUAGAUAUGUUCUGAAAUAAAAUAUCAGUAUUUUUAAUAAGUUUAUUAUAUAUAAAGAUGUUGACUGAAACUAAAACUACACCAACCAAUAGAUAAAUGUUUUAUGAUUUUCUCAUAUGAAAUUUUAUUUUUAUUUUUGUUAUUUUUCUUAAUUAUUAUUUUUUCAUUAAAUUUUGAUCAGUGCUUUUAAAAGUGUUUUUUAUUCACAAAGAAUAUUUAAUAGAUUUGAUAGAUUUUAUAUAAUUUAUCGAUUUUUAAUUUUUGUAUGAUUUUAUUUGAAUAAUUAUACAUUAUUUAUUUUCUUAGGGAUUAAUUUUUGGAUUUUGAGAAGAAUUAUAGUUAUUGUUCUACAACAAAAAUUAAAUUUAAAUAUUUACAAAUUAGAUGAAAAUAUUUUAUCAGA